AUGGAUCAUUCUCAGAACAUGUCUUACAGAAAGAACUGCAAAAAAAUCCAUAUACAUAAAAGUUUCUAAUUCUUAUUUUAUUACCAUUUGAAAAAGGUGUAAAUUGAACAGAUAUUGAAAAAUUUUUUUGAGAAACUGCUAAUUUUGUAGUAACAAUUUUUUAAAAUUCAAAUGGAUAUUCUAAGACAUCAUUUCUACAAAUUCUGCUCUGUUUUAGUAAUUAGUUUCCUUAUUUUUCUAUUUUCAUUAGUAGUGUUGAUUUAUCAGAUAUUCCAUCAUUCUAAAUAACAUUAACAGAAACAGUUGAUAAUGAAGAAUCUAAAACAGGAAAAUCAAAUAAUAUAUCGAAAAUAACUUAGACUUUCUAAACUUAAAUUGGAAUGGACUUCAAAAUUAAAUCAUUAGAAUUAUCAAGGACUAUUUAUUAUUCUCCAUUAGUAUUGCAAGUUCCUAUUUCAACAUUAUUAUAUUUCCAUCCAUCUUCAUUUAACGUUAGAGUUUGAUUUGAUAAGCUGA